AUGUCCCCCCCGGCUUCGGCGGCCGCGGCCAGCAGCAGCGAGAGAGGCAGCAGCACCUCGGUGCCUCAGGAGGAGGCGGAGGGUGGUCGAGAGGAGCAGCGGCCAGUGAAGCAGUCCUUCAGCAAGUCGCUCUGUAGAGAGUCCCAUUGGAAGUGCCUGGUGCUCUCCCUCCUCAUGUAUGGCUGCAUGGGAGCCAUGACCUGGUGCCAUGUGACUAAGGUAACCCGGCUGACAUUUGAUAGCGCCUACAAGGGGAAGUCCAUGAUGUACCAUGACAGCCCCUGCUCCAAUGGCUAUGUCUACAUCCCCUUGGCUUUCCUGGUGAUGCUGUACGUGGUCUACCUGGUGGAGUGCUGGCACUGCUACACCCGCAAUGAACUCCAGUACAAGGUGGAUGUGGAGAGUGUGCAUGAACGUGUCCAGAGGAUGCAGCAGGCCACGCCGUGCAUCUGGUGGAAAGCCAUCAGCUACCAUUAUGUCAGGAGGACUCGCCAAGUCACCCGCUACCGCAACGGUGAUGCUUAUACCACCACCCAAGUGUACCACGAGAGGGUCAACACCCAUGUUGCAGAAGCAGAGUUUGACUACUCUAACUGUGGGGUGAAGGACAUCUCAAAAGACCUGAUUGACCUGGAGCAUUUCCCAGCCACUCGGCUUCGCUUCACCAAGUGCUUCAGCUUUGCCAAUGUGGAGUCUGAGAACUCCUAUCUAACCCAGAGGGCCCGUUUUUUCACAGAAAACGAAGGACUGGAUGACUAUAUGGAGGCAAGGGAAGGCAUGCAUCUCAAGAAUGUGGAUUUCAAAGAAUAUAUGGUGGCCUUCUCAGAUCCAGACAACCUACCUUGGUAUGUCUCCCACUAUGUCUUCUGGGUGGCUGCUCUCUUGACUUUAUCCUGGCCCUUGAGAGUCUUGAAUGAGUACCGUACUUCUUACAUCCACUACCAUGUGGAGAAACUCUUUGGAUUUGAUUAUGUGGCAGUAACCCCAUCGGAAGAGCGCCCUUUCUGUCGGAGGAUGCCCCGGGUCAACACAGUGGAUAGUACUGAGCUAGAGUGGCACAUCCGGUCCAAUCAGCAGCUGGUGCCCAGCUACUCAGAGGCUGUUCUCAUGGACUUGGUGGGACUGUCUGGUUGCACCACCUACUCCUCUUGCCGCUACGGGAGCUACAGGCAAAACUGUGAGCAGUGCCACAGGACUAUAAGCAGCUCUUCCAUCUUCUCCCGCAGCGCCCUCAGUAUCUGCAAUGGCAGCCCCAGGAUCCCCUUUAGCAGCAGCCGCUUCUCACUGGGCCGCCUCUAUGGCUCACGGCGCAGCUGCCUUUGGCAGAGCCGGAGCGGGAGCCUCAAUGAACAGAGCUGCCCAACUGAGCAGACCCGCCUGUCCAGCCAGGUCACUGUGGAGGAAGAAGAUCCCCCUCCUUACCAGGAUGCUCUCUAUUUCCCCAUCCUCAUUGUGCAUCGAAACGAAGGCUGCCUCAACCAUGACCACCGCCAUCUCCAUCGGAAUGGGUCCUGCGUGGAGACUUCAUUGUGA